AUGCUUCUGCACAUGAGCGCGGAUUAUCAUCACGUGGUUGAUGACUGUGAAGAGGCGUGGGUCGCGUGGGCGCGUUUGAAGACGCUGUACGGCGGGUCGCAGAAGGCUGGACGCAUCUACUUGAAGCGCCAGCUGUUCAGCAUGGAGAUGGCGGAAGGCGGCAAUGUGAUGCAUCAUUGCAACGAAGUCCUCAACAUCAGCGCGAAGCUCAGCAGCAUCGGCGCCAAGAUGGAGGACGAGGACAUGAGCAGCUCGGAACUGCGAUCGCGAGACGUCGUGAGAGUGCUCACGAAUGAGCACAUCAAGAGGCAAGGUGACAAGACGACAUCGGUGAAGACUGAAGACACGGCGAAGGCGUUCAGUGCCGAGCGUGAACCUCGCCAGUGUACAUACUGCGGAAAAUUGGGGCACACGGCGGAGCGGUGCUGGACCAAGCAGAAGGACGAAAAUCAAGGUGGAGCUCGACGCGGCGGCAACAAUGCUCGUGGACGCGGAGCCAACAACGUUUAG